AUGGCCUCAUGCAACCCUUCUGCUACACCAGUUGACACCAAGCAGAAGCUCAGUUCUUCCUCUGGGACUCCUUGUGAGGAUGCCUCCCUAUAUCGGAGUCUUGCUGGUGCCCUACAAUACCUCACAUUUACUCGUCCUGACAUUUCCUAUGUUGUUCAGCAGGUUUGCUUACAUAUGCAUGCACCCCACACCGAGCACAUGCUUGCCCUCAAGCGGGUUCUCCGCUAUGUUCGUGGCACAUUGACUUAUGGGCUACAUUUGUAUCCCUCCCCGGUUGAAAAGCUUGUUUCUUACACUGAUGCUGACUGGGGGGGCUGUCCUGACACCAGACGCUCCACUUCUGGUUACUGUGUUUUCCUCGGUGACAACCUCAUAUCUUGGUCCUCCAAGUUCUCUUCAUAA